CCAGCCCCCUCAGCGCCAAAACAGAGGGGCCGCAAACCCAGAGAUCCUGCCGCGGCGCCAGUGGAGAAGAAGAAGAAGGGGAAGAGGAGAAACCAGGAAGUGGCUGUCCAGGAGGGGGCGGAGAGUGACGACACUACCUCAAUGUCAGCCCUCAACAUGGGUGGAGAGGACAGCCAGGACCCCCUGGAUAAUGCGAAGCGGCGUUCGGGACGACAGGUCAAGAGGAGGAAGUAUAACGAGGAUUUAGACUUUAAGGUGGUAGACGAUGACGGAGAGACCAUCGCGGUCCUGGGAGCCGGUCGCAUCUCGGCGCUGAACGCCACCGCUCUGGCGUGGCAGGCCGAGGAACCACCUGAGGACGAAGCCAACAUCAUUGAGAAAAUUCUGUCUGUCAGAACAGCGAAGAAAGAGACUUCGCCGUCAGAGGACCAAGCGGAGGAAACAGAGGAGUUUUACGUCAAGUACAGAAAUUUUUCCUACCUUCACUGCAAAUGGGCCACUCUGGAGGAGCUAGAGAAGGAUCCUAGAAUCCACCAGAAGAUAAAACGCUUCAGGACCAAACAAGCCCAGAUGAAACACCUGUUCACCGAGCCUGAUGACGACUUGUUUAACCCAGACUAUGUCGAGGUGGACAGAGUGCUGGAGGUGGCUGUUACCACAGAUACUGAGACUGGAGAGGAGGUGACCCAUUACCUCGUUAAGUGGUGCAGUCUCUCGUACGAGGAGGCGACGUGGGAGCUGCAGGAGGACCUGGACCCGGAGAAGAUCAAAGAGUUUGAGGGGAUCCAGAAACUGCCGCCGGACCUCAGACACAUGGAACGUCCUCUUCCAGACAAGUGGCAGAAGCUGGAGCGGAGCAGAGAUUACCGCAACGGAAACCAGCUCAGAGAAUACCAGUUAGAGGGAAUGAACUGGUUACUGUUCAAUUGGUACAACAGGAAAAACUGCAUCCUGGCAGAUGAAAUGGGUUUGGGAAAGACGAUCCAGUCCAUCACCUUCCUGUACGAGAUCUUCAACAUGGGGAUCCGCGGCCCCUUCCUCAUCAUCGCCCCCCUGUCCACCAUCACCAACUGGGAGAGGGAGUUUCGCACGUGGACGCACAUGAACGUCAUCGUGUACCACGGCUCCCAGAUCAGCCGGCAGAUGAUCCUGCAGUACGAGAUGUUUCACAGAGACCCGCAGGGUAACACCCUCCCCGGCGUGCUGAAGUUUCACGGGCUGAUCACCACCUUCGAGAUGAUCAUGGCCGACUGCCCGGAGCUGAAGAAGCUGCACUGGCGCUGCGUGGUGAUCGACGAGGCUCACCGCCUGAAGAACAGGAACUGCAAACUGCUGGAGGGGCUCAAACUCAUGAACCUGGAACACAAGGUUCUGCUGACGGGAACCCCUCUGCAGAACUCUGUGGAGGAGCUGUUCAGUCUGUUGAACUUCCUGGAGCCGCUGCAGUUUCCCUCCGAGAGCAGCUUCCUGGAAGAGUUUGGUGACCUCAAAACAGACGAACAGGUGAAGAAGCUUCAGGCCAUUUUGAAACCCAUGAUGUUGCGGCGACUGAAAGACGACGUGGAAAAAAACCUGGCGCCCAAAGAAGAGACCAUCAUCGAGGUGGAGUUGACCAACAUCCAGAAGAAAUACUACCGAGCCAUCUUAGAGAAGAACUUCUCCUUCCUGUCUAAAGGAGCGAACCAACACAACAUGCCCAACCUCAUCAACACCAUGAUGGAGCUCCGCAAGUGCUGCAACCAUCCCUACCUGAUCACAGGAGCAGAGGAGAAGAUUCUGGAAAGCUUCAAGAAAUGCCACAGUCCGGACGCGCCGGAUUUCCAGCUGCAGGCCAUGAUCCAGGCGGCCGGUAAACUGGUGCUGAUCGACAAGCUGCUGCCCAAGCUGCUGGCCGGGGGACACAAAGUCCUGGUCUUCUCCCAGAUGGUCCGCUGUCUGGACAUCCUGGAGGACUACCUCAUCCAGAGACGGUACACGUACGAACGCAUCGACGGCCGCGUGCGAGGGAACCUGCGGCAGGCGGCCAUCGACAGGUUCUGCAAGCCGGACUCGGACCGCUUCGUUUUCCUGCUGUGCACCAGAGCCGGAGGGCUGGGCAUCAACCUGACGGCCGCCGACACCUGCAUCAUCUUCGACUCGGACUGGAACCCGCAGAACGACCUGCAGGCUCAGGCACGCUGCCACCGGAUUGGCCAGAGCAAAGCGGUGAAAGUCUACAGGCUGAUCACCAGGAACUCGUACGAGAGGGAAAUGUUCGACAAGGCGAGUCUGAAGCUCGGCCUGGACAAAGCCGUCCUGCAGGACAUCAACCGAAAAGGAAGCCUGAACGGGGUGCAGCAGCUUUCGAAGCUGGAGGUGGAGGAUCUGUUGAAAAAAGGAGCGUACGGCGCCCUGAUGGACGAGGAGGACGAGGGCUCCAAGUUCUGCGAGGAAGACAUCGACCAGAUCCUUCAGAGACGGACUCAGACCAUCACCAUCCAGUCUGAGGGGAAGGGGUCCACGUUCGCUAAGGCCAGUUUCAUCUCGUCUGGUAACAGAACAGACAUUUCUCUGGACGACCCAAACUUCUGGCAGAAAUGGGCCAAGAUCGCUGAGGUGGAGAUCGACUCCAAAUCUGAGAAGGAGUCCCUGGUGAUCGACACGCCCCGGGUGAGGAAACAGACCCGUCACUACAACUCCUUCGAGGACGACGAGCUGAUGGAGUUCUCGGAGCUCGACAGCGACUCGGAGGAGAGGCCGUGCCGCACCCGUCGCCUGGGCGACCGCAGCCGGCGGUACCUCCGCGCCGAGUGUUUCCGGGUGGAAAAGAACCUGCUUAUCUUCGGCUGGGGUCGGUGGAAGGACAUCCUGAACCACGGUCGGUUUAAAUGGCACCUGGCAGAGAGAGAUAUGGAGGUCAUCUGUAGGGCUCUGCUGGUUUACUGCCUCAGACACUAUAAAGGUGACGACAAGAUCAAGAGCUUCAUCUGGGACCUGAUCACACCCACCAAGGAAGGCCAGGACCAGGCGCUGCUCAACCACUCCGGUUUGUCAGCUCCGGUUCCUCGGGGUCGGAAGGGGAAGAAGCUGAAGAACCAGUUGAAUGUUCCCGGUGAAGUGAAGAACGCCGACUGGCUGGUCCAUUGUAACCCUGAGGUGGUUCUGCAGGACGAGAGCUACAAGAAACACCUGAAGCAGCACUGCAACAAGGUGCUGCUCAGGGUGAGGAUGCUGUACUACCUGAAGGUGGAGGUGCUGGGUGAGGCAGCCAAUCAGGCUGUAGAGGGGAUACCUGCCAGUAAACUGGAGGUGUCGCUCCCAGACAUCGACUACAUCGAGAUCCCAGCGACGUGGUGGGAUGCUGAUGCUGACAAGUCUCUGCUCAUAGGAGUCCACAAACACGGAUACGAGCGGUACAACGCCAUGCGUGCUGAUCCAGAACUGUGUUUCCUGGAGAGGGUGGGGAUGCCAGAUGUCACCGCGCUGUCUGCUGAGCAGGGGGGAGGAGAGGUGGCCACCGACAUCACUGACAGCGUCUGCAAAACGGAGGAGGCGAAGGACGACACGGAGAGCAAGGCUGAUGCAGGGGAGGAUAGAGACGAGAGCAGCAAGGUGAAGACGAAGGGAGAGGAAACCUGCUCCAGCACCGACACCUCAGACAAGCCUGACAGCACAGGUCCAGACUCCCAGAUGUCAGGUGACUUGUGCGCCCAAGACAGCACUUUGGUCACCACGACGACAACAGGAACAGGGACGGGUGUGGCGGCACUGCACGUGGUCCAGGCCAGGCCCCUGUGGCCCACCGGCCCCGCCUUGACGGCGCGUUUACGGCGCCUCAUCACCGCCUACCAGAGGUUCACGCUACGCCGCGAGCCGCUGCUCAGACACGACUUCCUUCUCCACGACGGCCUCGUCGGCAUGGGGAUGGGAGGGACUGGCGCCUCUCACGGUCACCACGCCGGCGGGCCACUGGCGUGGCAGCUGGGUGAAGAGCUGAGGAGGUGUUCGGUGGUCGCCACAGAGCCUGACCCGCUGUUUCUGGAGUGGCAGAGAAGGUGGACUCGUCGGGAGCAGGCAGACUUUUACCGCACCGUGUCGUCGUUCGGGGUGGUGUACGACCCCGAGAGGAAAACCUUCGACUGGUCCCAGUUCAGAGCGCUGGCCCGGCUGGAGAGGAAGACGGACGAGAGUCUGGAGAGAUACUUCAACUCCUUCGUCAACAUGUGCAGGACGGCCUGCAAGCUGCCGCCGAGGAAGGAAGAAGGUCUGGUGGACCCCAGCGUUCUCGUGGAGCCUCUGACGGAGGAGCGAGCGGCCCGGACUCUGUACCGCAUCGAGCUGCUCCGCAAGAUCAGAGAGCAGGUUCUCCGUCACCCGUUACUCUCGGCCCGCCUCCAGCUGUGCCGCCCCUCGCUCUACCUCCCGGUCUGGUGGGAGACCGGCAAACACGACCGCGACCUCCUCAUCGGGGCGGCACGCCACGGCUUGAGUCGCACCGACUUCUACAUCCUCAACGACCCGCAGCUGACCUUCCUGGAGGCUCACAGGAACUACGUCAGGGGACAGCCCUCUCACAUCCAUCCUCAAAGCCACCACCACCCUCACCAUCCGGGCUUGGCGGCUCAUCCGGGCAUCUCGUCCUCAUCUUCCUCCUCGGCUCACCCGCAGCUGCCUCAUCCUCACUGCUGUCUGUACGACUCUGGGCUCGGUCACCACUCCCCUCAGCCUCCCGAGUACCCCCACCAGUCCUCCCACCACCACCAGCACCACCACCAGCAUCACACUGUGCCUCCAUCAGCUCCCUCGCCUUCUUCCUCCUCUUCCUCCUCCUCUCACCCUCACCUCCACCCUCCGCCGCUGGACGCCCACGACUCGGCCUCACCGAGCCUGGGAAUCGUCCCCGGGUCGCGGGGAGAUUUCCUCGACUGUCCUCCUUUGGAUGAAACGCUGGAGCUGAGUUCCCUGCAGCACGACGCCAUGUCCGCAGACGCCCUACACGGAGGGAAGGCAUCCAAAGACGCCCUCAACGGCUUCCCCUUCAACUCGGCGGCGGGAGGUCAGAGCAUGCUCAACUCGUACGGUGUCGGGGGAACCGACCUGGACUCCAAACUGAGGAGUGACGUGCUCGUUGGUGAGCAGGGCUCGUCAGAGGAGACUGGGCUGAUGGCGCCAUCAGUGGAGCUGGACCAGUUACAGGCUCCCUGGGACGGCACGGACCACUCCAGUCCUGCUCACCACAUGUUCAACGAGUCCGAUCCGAUCCUGGGUCCCUCCGCUCUGGAGACCGGCUUCCUGGAGGAGGAGGACGAGGAGGCGCAGGGGGGAGACAGAGGAGCGGAGGAAGGUGGAACCCUGGAGGAGUGCCUGGGCCUCCCGCCCUCGUCCUCUCCCUCCCAUCCCUCCGCAGGAGACUCCGUGGAGCCGCUGUCCUCCAGCUACAUGCUCUUUAAGGACAUCGGCGUGAGCGAGGAACCCAGCGCGGAUCAAACAGACCUGUCAGCGAGCCCCCCUCCGCCCUACGUGCCCCCUCCUCCCCUCUCUCUGUCUGACAUCACCGCCCACGAGCCGCAGGAUAGGCUGGGCCACCCCGACGUCACCGAGAGCCUCACCAAUCCCGUGGACGAGGUGGAGGAGCGGGAAGGAGGCGCGGGGUUCGAGUUCGACGACAAGGAGGAGGAAGACGUGGAGGACUUGUCGAGGCGGACGGUGGGAAAACGAGGAGGUCCGAGUCUGGAGGGAGAACGGUGCGAUUCAGACCGAGGUGCAGACCAAAGUUUGGGACACAUGGCCCAGAUCGAUGGGUUAGAGCCGGAGCAGGACGAGAGACUGGAGCUUCAGGAGAGUUUCCGUCAGGCAGAAGACAAAGCAGACGUGCAUCCUUACCUCGGGAAGCUGGAGCAGUGUCCUGAGUCUAUAGAGGAACCCGGGGAGGAGGUGGACGGGUUGAUUUUGUAUCAGGCCGUGGAGGAAGAGACGAUGGAAGAUUCGAUCGAAUCGGGAGCCUUGAUGGGGAACGCGUCCAGAGAGGACGGUUCGGUGGAGCACACGGAUCUCUCAGAUCAAGUGGAUGAGAUCUCAGAGGGUCAGGUGGAUCAUGUGUCUCUGAUGGACGUUCAGGACGUUCAGGUCGUUCAGUCACGCGAUCAAACGGCGGAGAAGGCAGCGAAACAGUCGAACGCCAAAGCCGGCGAGAUGGAGCUGGACAGCAUUUACUCCGAAUGCGCGAAACCCUCCUCUGCUUCCCUUUCAUCCGUCACAAUAGAAUCCAAGUCUGACGAGACCACCGGCGGGAAGGCUGGAGUCAAAACUGAAGUCUCCAUGGAUCAGGACAGCUAUGACGGAACAGCUGAGGACUCCUUCGAUCAGGACAACAAAGAGCAUCUGCUUGAACAAAACGAAAUCAAAAUCGCCGCCGCUCUGCCUGAAAACAGCGCUGACACAAAACCGCCUGGUCUUAAAUUCUCUCCUUCACCGGACAGUGUUGGUGAGAGGAAACCAGCUCAACUGGAGCUGCCGAUCAAGGUCGAGGAGACAAAGACGGAGAUCGCUGAGGAGGUGUUACCCAUCUACCCUGACAGCUCUGAAGUCAAACACGCUAAAUUCCUCACUUACACCGUUAAGUCAGAAGACCUGGUGACCAAAGCUGAGCAGUUAGACUAUCCCGUGAAACAGGAAGCACUGGAGGCCAAACCUGAAGAUCUCAGCCUCCCCAUGAAGGCCGAGAGCUUAGACAGUAAACCCGAGGUCCUCCAGUUUGCAGCUUUUGGCGCCGAAAUCAAACCUGAAGCCAAACCGCUGUCACUCGGGUUUGCUGCGUAUCCGGACGGAGCCAAGCUGAAGAGCGAGACAAAAACAGAAGGUUUAAGGUUGACGGCUUUUCCUGACACGUCUGCCAUCAAGCCCGAAGCCAAGCCAGAGGGUCUGGAGUUCGCAGCCUUCCCAGACAGCUCUGAGAUCAAACCCGAGGCCAAGCCAGAGGACCUGGAGUUCACGGGUCUGCCCGAGAUCAAAGCUGAGACGAAGCAGGAGCUGCUGGAGGCGGACAGCACCGUCCUGACCCCGAAGCUGGAGCAGGCGGACGGGCUGGUGGACGCCUCGGAGAGCCAGCUGGUGAAGGGUCAAGAGAAAGCACUUUAUUCCUUUUCUGAAUGGCCAAAGGACCGGGUGAUCAUCAACCGCCUGGACAGCAUCUGCCACGCCAUCCUGAAGGGGAAGUGGCCUUGGCCGAGCGAGCAGCACGACUCUCCCGGCUCCCUGACUGCCAACUCCUGUCUGGCCAACAGCUUAGCCCAGCACCACCACCACCGGGCGGGAUUCCUCCCCACCACAGCCUCCAGCUCCGUCCCGGGCCAGGCCAGAGUUCAGCAGACAAGCCCCGGACUGGGGUUCUCCAUCCCUCCCCCUCUUACGAGACUACCUAAGUACAUGCCGCGGGGCGGUGCAUGCGGGCGCGGAGCUUGGCGCCUCACCUCCUUGCCUCUCUUACAGGAGAGGCUCGUGGCUCCUCCCUUCCUCCCCGAGCUCAAACGCGCAGGAGGUCGGAGGUCUUUCGACUACGAAGCCGCUGCAGCAGCUGCGGCCGCUGCCAAAAAGGGGCCGGUGGUGGCCCCUCCCUCUCACCGCACGGGAUCCAUGUUGAUCAACGGUUGGCAAGAAGCAGCCAUCGAUCUAACCAAGUCGUCUGCAGAAAUAAGCACCACUAGUGGCAUCGGGACAGGCGAUGCUGUGGUUGCACCGGGAAUCAGCCACCACGGCGCUGGUGGCGGCAGCAGUCACAAGCUGCCGCCGCCGCCCCCCAUCACAGCACCCUUACCGGGCUCUGUGGGCAUCGACAUGGCCGGGAUACUGCAGGCCGGGCUCAUCCAUCCUGUAACAGGGCAAAUAGUAAACGGGAGCCUGAGGGGAGAUGACUCACUGAGGAGGAGGAGAGGGAGGAGGAGAAACGUGGAAGCUCUGUACUCUGAGUUCACCAAGAGCCGAGGACUGCACCUCCCUGAGACACAGGGCCGAGUGGAGGUGAUCAGCCACUCCUCUGUCUCCUCCUCCACCUCCUCGCCGUCCCCCUCUCCGUCAGAGCGGCCCGCGGGUCCUCCCACGCCGUCCUCCUCUUCCACGCCCACCCCCACCCAGACGCCUCCUCAGCCGGAGAUCGUGGCCAUCGACAGAGAGGCGGCGAGCAAAGGCCUGAUCGAGUGGCUGAGACAGAACCCGGGCUACAGCAUGGACCUGCCCGCGUUCACUCAUGUAAGUUCCGGAGCGGGUCUGUUACACGGUUUUGUGGAGCGACCCAAGCAGAGGAGGCAUCGCUGCAAAGACCCGACUAAGCUGGACAUCAACUCUUUGACGGGGGAGGAGAGGGUUCCUGUUGUGCACCGAGGCACCGGACGCAGGCUCGGUGGCGCCAUGGCUCCAGCCAUAAAGGAGCUCUCCCGGUGGCUGGACGCCAACUCAGAGUACUAUGUAGCUCCAGACUGGGCUGACGUGGUCAAACACUCUGGUUUCCUCCCUGAGGGGAAGUUCUCUCGGAUCCUGACAGAACCCGUCAACAGAGACCCGGGCUCUCGGCGCCGUGGACGUCGGCCUCGCAGUGAGAUGCCUAAGCCCCUCCUGUCCGUUUCUGACUCCGCCUCGUCUGGCCUCGGCCCCCCCCUCUUCAUGAACGGCGGUUUAAUCGGCAGCAUGGACUCCAUGGUGGCCAUGCAGAACCUCCGUGGCGGCAUUCCCGGAAUUCCCAUCUCCGGGAUCAUGGCAGCUGGAUUCCCACACGGUUUCCCUGCAGCAGUGCAAGCGGGAGGAGCCGGGGCGUCGGCGGAAGACGCCAAGAACGGGUUGAGUAUGUUACCCAUGAUGCUGCACGGCAUCCCUCACCCGCAUGGAGCUGCGAUCCCGCAGCACGCCUUGUUCAGCGUCGGUGCGAUGAUGGCGCACACCCAGCCGCCGCCUCCUCCUCACCCCAGCUCCACCUCGUCGACCUCUUCUUCUUCUUCACUGUCCGCUCCGAAGGUCACCACGACGACCGCCCCCUCCACGUCUGAGGCUGUGAGCCCCUCGUCGACGACGCCUGCUGAGAAAGAGAGCGCUUCUGCUGCCGGUGGCGAGAAGGAGAGGAGCCGGGAGGAGAAAGGAGCAGCGGAGUCCAACAAAAGGCCCGGAGGGGUGGAGGCGGCGGCCAUCAUCACCUCCACCAGCAGGGCCCACCUCAGCUCGGCGCACCUCGGAGCCAGCGCCGGCAGCCAUCUUACCUUCAACCCCUUCCUGAUCCCGGGCAUGUCCCACGGCCUGCUGUACCCGCACAUGUUCUUGCCGCACGGUGGCAUCAUGGCGCUGCCCGCCAUGCCUCCUGGUGCCAUAGACGGUUCCCCAGGAAGCCCAAAGAGGAGGAGGAAGAGAGGGAGGGAG